CAGUAAUGGUGAGUUCUAAAUUUGCUGGAGUGGAUGAGGUCUGGGGCUUGAGUGGAAAAUUGUUGAUAGGAGGCGGGUCCAAUUCUGGUGGAUUUCCAGAGGAGGAGCGAAGAUGCAUCUUGCCUUGGUAUGGGAGGUGUGCAGGGGUUGGAGUAUUAUCUAGGUUUUUGUCCCUUGAAGGAUUACGGUAUAGCUCAUGAGAACUUUGAUUGCGAUAAGGUGAGGGGAUAGAUAGGGGGAAUUUUAUGAUUUACUUUUAAUUUAAUAUUUAUUUAAAAUUAAUGUGGUCGAGAUGAGAAGGUUGAUUUGUGAGUUUUAGCAUUAGGUUAAAAUUGGUUACGUUAUAGAAGAAUUAGUCUGGGUCUUUUGCUAUUUUUGUUUGGUUGAUAAAUUUCUAUCUCUUUUAUUGCUUCGUUAUCAAUGUGUAUUAUAUUGUGAAAAAAAAUUUCUGCAAUGCUUUUUAUGAAUUCUUUUAUUGAAGGGAUAUUGAGGGCUCGUGUUAUAUCGUCGUUUCUCAUGAACCAUCUCGCUUUUGUUAUUUGUCUAAGGAUUAUAUUUUGGCACCUGUCUAUGAUGUUUAUGUUUGAUUUUGCUGCGUAUGCCCAAACUGGACAAGCAUACGUUAGGACAGGUCUUAGCAUUGCUGUAUAAACACGCAACUUAUUUUCCCUAGUCAUUUCUGAAUUCUGAGCAAUAAGGGGAUAUAAUUUACGGGCUUUAUCUCGGAAUUUUUGUUUGACAUAGUUAAGAUGGGGAUUCCAAGUUAAGGUUUUGUCUAAUAUUACACCGAGGUAUUUAGCUUCCCGAGACCAUGGGAUUUCAACUUUAUUAAUUUUAAUUAGGUUUUAGGUAAUUUUCCUUUUCUUUGUGAAAAGCAUUGUUAUUGUUUUUGAGGCGUUUAUUGCGAUUUUCCACUUUGAGAACCAGCUUUCUAGUUCUUGGAUGUGUUUGUUUAAUGCUUGAGUGAUGAAUUUUAUGUUUCUGUUUUUGGCCAGUAUAGCUGUGUCAUCUGCGAAAAUGCAUAAUUUGGUAUUGUGUUUCUGAGGUAUAUCAUUAAUAAAUAUUGAGUAUAAGGUGGGGUAUAAUUUAGCUCCUUGCGGAACACCUGCUUUUAUGGAGCGAAGUUUGGAGAGUGUGGCGUUAACGCGUACUGUGAAAUUUCUGUUAAAGAGGAAGGAGGAAAUUAAUUUUACGAGAGUGUUGUAAGAGAUAAAUUUAUAAAUGAGUCCUUAUAGCCACACUCUAUCGAAUGCUUUUUGAACAUUCUUCACACCUAACAGACCGAUGGUUCAUAUCACUCCCAUGCAGAAACGAAUGGGUAACCGACGUCGGUCAGCUAUCGCUCGCUUUGUUUACUACUUGGCGACCAUCCAGAUCUUCUAACCACUUGAUAAAUGAUUCUGUUGAGCCUAUUCUAAGUAGUGAUGAAGGAUUCGAAGCUGGAGAAGAUGAUUCCUUAUUAGAACCUCAUUACUUGCUGUGGAAAAAAAGAAGUCUAAAAUACAAGUUUUUCAGCUUUUUUUGUCAUUGUCUACAGCUGUUCUGUAAUAGGUUUCCCAAAGCCAUGUCUAUAUUGUGCCGUAAGAGAAAAUACAAGGCUCGCACUGUUUUCAUAGGUCGAACAAACAAUGAGAGCUUUCCACCAAAUAUUAUUAGAAAUCAAAAAUAUAAUAUUCUGACAUUUAUUCCAUUAGUGCUCUUUCAUCAUUUCAAAUUUUUCUUGAACCUGUAUUUCUUAGUUAUGGCAUUAUCACAAUUUAUCCCUGAUGUUAGAAUAGGAUAUUUAUAUACUUAUUGGGGUCCAUUGGGUUUUGUGCUGACUGUGACACUUAUUCGUGAAGCCAUUGAUGAUUUCAGACGUUAUCGAAGAGACAGAGAAGUAAACUACAGAAAAUAUAGAAAAUUGACAUCUCGUGGUGUUGUGCAAGUUCCUAGUGCAAACAUAAAGGUUUCAGACCUGAUUAUAGUUGAUAAAGAUCAAAGAGUUCCUGCUGAUAUGGUUUUUCUGUCGACUACAGAAAAAACAGGGUCUUGUUUUAUUAGAUCUGAUCAAUUGGAUGGUGAAACAGAUUGGAAACUGAGAUUAGCUGUUUCUACCACACAACGUUUGUCUUCCACAGAUGAGUUGUUCCAAAUGGAUGCUUCUGUUUAUACUGAAGAACCAAAAAAAGCCAUUCAUAGUUUUGUUGGAAAGUUUACAAGAAAUGAUGGUGAAGGAGCAGAAGUUUCUUUGAGUAUUGAAAAUACAUUGUGGGCUAAUACUGUAGUGGCAUCAGGAACUGCCAUUGGUAUAGUCAUUUACACUGGUUCUGAAACUCGUAGUGUCAUGAACAAUUCUGAACCUAGAAGCAAGGUUGGAAUAACUGAUCUUGAAUUGAAUCAACAGACUAAAGUUCUUUUUGCUGCUGUUAUUGGUCUUGCUCUUGUAAUGAUGGCAUUAAAGGGAUUUGGUGGUUCAUGGUAUCGAUAUUUAUUCCGUUUCAUCCUUUUAUUUUCCUACAUUAUACCAAUCAGUUUGAGGGUGAACUUGGAUAUGGGUAAGAUGGUAUAUUCGUGGAUGAUGCAAAAGGAUAAAGAUAUACCCAAUACAGUUGUAAGGAGCACAACAAUUCCUGAAGAGCUUGGCAGGUUAACAUUCUUGUUAUCUGACAAAACAGGAACAUUAACAAAAAAUGAAAUGGUCUUCAAAAAACUUCAUUUGGGAACAGUAGCAUAUGGAUCUGAAUCAUUUGAUGAGGUUGCUGCUCAUAUUAAAACAUUUUAUGCUCCUACUCCAUCUGGUAGCUCUUCAGCUGGUGCCACUCCAACCAAAAUGCCUUUGCCUAAAAUGAGAACUGUAGUGACAAGAGUACAAGAGGCUGUUAGAGCUCUGGCUCUCUGUCACAAUGAAACUCCUGUCUAUGAAGAUACAGAUUCAGUUUGCAUUGAUACAUCUGAUACUGGCAUAAACUGUGAAACAGAAGCAGACCAACAAUCUAACCAAUCAUUUGUGUACCAAGCAUCAAGUCCCGAUGAGGUUGCACUGAUUGCCUGGACAGAAAGUGUUGGCUUAACUCUGAUUCAUCGAGAUAUAGCUUCUAUGAAACUAAAAACUGCUCACAAUCAGAUCUUAAAUUAUUCUAUUCUUCAAAUAUUUCCUUUCACCUCUGAGACUAAAAGAAUGGGUAUAAUUGUAAAAGAAGAAAGCUCUGGGGAUAUUAUAUUUUUUAUGAAAGGUGCUGAUGUUGUAAUGUCCUCCAUUGUACAAUAUAAUGAUUGGUUAGAUGAAGAGUGUGGAAAUAUGGCUAGAGAAGGUCUAAGAACUUUAGUUGUUGCCAAGAAAGUUCUCACUGCCGAACAGUAUGCUGAUUUUGAGGCUCGCCUGAAUCAAGCUAAAGUGAGUAUUCAUGAUCGAACAGCCAAAGUGACAGCUGUUAUAGAAAGUUUGGAAAGAGAUAUGGAGCUGCUUUGUGUAACUGGAGUAGAAGAUAAACUUCAAGAUAAUGUUCGUCCAACUUUGGAGCUUCUUAAAAAUGCUGGUAUUAAGAUAUGGAUGCUGACUGGUGACAAAUUAGAAACUGCUAUCAGCAUUGCCAAGUCUACCCAUUUAGUUGCUGGAAAUCAGCAAAUUCAGGUCUUUCAGACUGUUACUUCACGUAAUGAAGUUCACUUGGAGCUUAACAAUUUCAGAAGAAAGAAUGUCUCUGUUUUAAUCAUAAGAGGAGAUUGUUUAGAGCUGUGUCUGAAAUUCUAUCCAAGUGAAUUUAUAGAAUUGGCUUGCCAGUGUCCUGCUGUUGUCUGCUGUCGUUGCUCUCCCACUCAAAAAGCAGAAGUAGUCAGAUUAAUACAGCUUGAAACAGGGAAAAGAGCUUGUGCUAUUGGUGAUGGAGGAAAUGAUGUGAGCAUGAUCCAAGCUGCAGAUGUCGGUAUUGGAAUUGUGGGUAAAGAAGGCAAACAAGCAUCUUUAGCUGCAGAUUUUUCUGUCACUCAGUUCAGUCAUAUAGCCCGUCUCAUUUUAGUACAUGGGCGUUAUAGUUAUAAGCGAUCUGCAGCUCUUAGUCAAUUUGUCAUUCAUCGUGGUCUAAUAAUAUCUACAAUGCAAGCAUUUUUCUCAGCUGUAUUUUAUUUUGCAUCUGUAGCUUUAUAUCCAAGUUUCCUCAUGGUUGGGUAUGCAACUAUAUACACCAUGUUCCCUGUAUUUUCUCUGGUAUUAGACAAAGAUGUUUCACCAGAAAUUGCACUCACUUAUCCUGAAUUAUACAAAGAGCUUUGUAUAGGUAGAUCACUGUCCUUCAAGACAUUUUUUAUAUGGGCUAUCAUCAGCAUAUACCAAGGUGGAAUAAUUAUGUAUGGAGCAUUAUUUCUUUAUAAAGCUGAAUUCAUUCAUAUUGUGUCCAUUAGCUUUACAGCUCUGAUUUUCACAGAGCUCUUAAUGGUUGCAUUCACUGUGCGGACAUGGCAUUGGCUAAUGGUGAUUGCAGAAUUAUUUAGUCUGAUCAUUUAUCUUCUUUCUCUGUGCUUCAUGAAGCAAUUUUUUGAUUCUGAAUUUAUUUGGACUUUUGCAUUUCUCUGGAAAGUUACUUUGCUCACUGUUGUGAGCUGUGUGCCUUUAUAUGUUUUAAAAUAUUUGCAUAGAAAAGUUGCUCCUCCGAGUUAUGCAAAGGUUACAUAAAUAAAAACGCUGAACUGAAUUCGGAGAGCACCAUUGGAGAGAGAAUGGAUGGGCUUGUAAGAACUUUUAUGUGAUAUAUUUUGAUUUUCCUUCUGUUUGAUAGUGCUGCUUAAAUUAUUUUGCACAAAUACAUUUGCACUUAUAAAAUAUUUUCGACAUUUUUUAAUUUUUUUAUAUAGUUGAAUCGAAGAUGGUUUUUUUUGUAAAUGAAUUUUGUGUUUUGAUGUUUUCUUUUUUCAAAAAUACUCCCAGCUUUCUGGACACUCAUUCUUUUAUACAUUAAUCAAAUGUAAUUAGAGUUAAAAAUAAUAGUGUGACUUCUCUACUUUUUUUUAUUAUUGUUUCUCUGUUGUGAUUGUAAGAUUAUGUGAUAUCAAAGAAGAAAAUGUUUAUGAUGUUUGAAAUAUCUUGUGUUAAUGAGUGUUUAGUUUUAAUAUUUCUUUGACAUGCAUUUAAGAAGAGCAGACUCUGUACUUCCUCAGUUAUUCUCGAAAUUUUAUAGAUUUUUGUAUGAAUCUGUCUUUUAUAAUAUCUUUUUUUUUUAAAUUAAAAUAUUUUUACAACAAUAAUGUAUGGCUAAUUGCUCAAAUAAAAUAAGGUGUAUAUUUAAAAAUUUGUUUUUUCUUUAAUUUUUUAUUUAGAACAUUUAAAGUAGUUUUGAUUUUGCUUUCUUUAUGAAAAAAGUAUAAUUUAUACUUAAGCUACUUCUUUAUUAUUUGUUUUAUUUCAGAAAAUUGCUUGAUAUUUAUUUAUUCAAUUAUAUUUUCACUCAGUCAUUGGUUUUACAUGCAUCUCUUCACCGUAGAGUUGCAUUUUUUUAACAUAUGAUGAAGAAACUAAAUCUUAUAAAACCUCAUGAAAAAUUAUAUAUGUGAAACUUGCUUAAAGCAAUUUUAAUAUUUCUUAUACUAAUUAUUAAAAUCAUGUGUGCUGUAAUAUAUUUAACAAUUGUUUCAUAUAUAAAAUUUAAUUCAAAAUUUUUUGAUGAUAAAUUUUUUGCUUUAACAAUUGUUCAGAAAUAAUACUAAGCACAGAUUUAAAAACUUAUGAAAUGCUUGGUUUUUUUAAAAUCAAGAUUUGUAAAUGUAAACAAUUCUCAAUUAUUGUUCAUUUUAUCUCAAAAGCCAGUUGAAUUUGCAGUAUGACUGUAAACUUGUUUUGAAAGGCUUCCAUAUCUGUUGUUAUUCUCAACCAUUUUAUCCUAGUCAUUUUUUUCAAUAACUUAUUUCAUUAUUUUAGAUUUAAUAAUCCUGGAAUAAAUAUUAAUAGAAAAAAAUCUGGUAGCACUCUUGUUUCAGUACACCUUGCAUUUAUUUAAAAUGCUCUUAUAUGUCAUAGAGUUUUGUUUCAAAAGGCUGCUCUGUCCUCUUUAAAUAUUCUGUGAAAAUAUAGGCUCCAAAAUAAACUCUUCCAAUGAUUUUUAUUUUAAUUCCGUUUAUAAUUUUUUUUAAUGUUUUAUGAUGAUUUUUUAUGCCAAUCAAGAUAAGAGCCAACUGAGAUUUAAUUUCAUUAUUUUUCACAUAUUUUUUGGUUGGAAAAUGUAAGUACUACAAAGAUCAAUUUGAAGUGUUUUUGACAUGUAACAGGUCCAAAUUUUGAAUUCUUAGUGCUGAUUGUGAAGUCAUUUUUAUGUUAACCAAUAAUGGUCUGUAGCCAAUUAUUGUGGAAAUGUUAUAAAAUGGAUAUUGGCUUUUUUUUUAAUACUAAAUUGUAGAUCUUCAGACCAAUUUCAUAUUUGUUUUAUGAGGGCUUUCAAUUAAUUACAUUAUUUAAAUUGAAUUAUAGUGGCAAAUUUACAUAUAUAUAAUUUUUUUCCAGCUUAAAGCUUGUAAUUCCAGCACCAGGUUAAAGCUUGUAAUCUUCAUGUAUUGAUUUCAAUCCAUUAUUGUCCAUAAUUUUGAAAUGCACUCAUUAUUUAAAAUGAUGAUACUCAUUCCUUGAUGAAUGGCCAAAUAUUAUUACUCAGUUUUCGUGUGUUUUAAUGUUUAGUGAAAUACAGGGUGUGCAUUUGUAUCUUUAAUUAAUUGUUUUUGCAUUUGUAUCUUUAAUAUCUUUAUGAUAAAACGAAGAAAGCUUAAGUUUUAGAUGUAAUGUUUACCUGUAAUAAAAUGGCUCUGCACUACUUGCUGAAACAUAAAACAGUGCUCCUAUCAGUGAUCUUAGAAAUUGUAUUGAAAAAAAAAAUGACAGAUGGCAAAAAAUAAGUAAUGUCUCUUAUUAUUAGACUUCUAUGUGUGUUCAUACAUUGAUUACUUAAGUAGAGGCUCUGAAAUCACUGAUUUUCAAUUGAAGUAAUGUUAUAGCACCUGGUGAAUUAACUCCAAUAUUUUAUGACAGCAUUAUUAAUUUUUUAUCCUUCUAAAAUUUAUUCAACGUGAUGUAAUGAAAAAUAAAAUUUAAAAUUAUUGGACUUAUUUUAUGUCCAUUUUUACAGUAAUAUGUAUUGGAAAUGUUCUCUAUUGGUAGCAGUUUAAGGAUUUAAAAUUUUAAAUUUACAAAGAGGUCCGUUUCAUAUUGGUAAUGGUGUGAUUUUUUUAAAAAUAGGCCCCCUCUUUUAUUUUUUACCACAGUUUCCAAUUGGGAUACUGCAAUCACUUGUGAUAAAUUUUAUUUUUGGUCGACAUUACUUACAAAAAUCUGGCUUUCUUGAUCUGCAUAAAAUUUUGCAAUAUUAAGGUAUAAAUAUAUAUCUUGUAUGCAUAAAUUAAUAUUAGAAAAAGUAAAUUUGUUUCAAUUCUAUUUUUUAAAAAAAGUGUAUCUUUAGGCAUUUCAUGGUAAUGUUAAAAUUCCAACUGUAUUAAUAAUUUUUACCUCUAUUUUGUAUUUGACUGUUUACAAUGUGCCUUUUUAAUGUUGUGUUUAUUCAAAAGAUGAAAAGUGGUAGUCGUGUGUGGCUGUAAUUUUAUAUCCCUUACUUGGUCAACCAAUAGUAGUAUUUCCUUUUUAAAUGUUGAAGUGAUGUUCCAUGCUCAUAAUUUAAAACUGAUGUCUAGCAGAUUAUGUGGGUGCUGUUUGUAUUUCAUACCUUAUUGAUGUAAAUAUCUCAUUGUUAUUGUGAAUAAAAAUAUUUAUAGAA